GCAAACACAAACCACGUGAUGCGGAAAUAGGUGCACCAAUAAAAUACGUGAUGUGUCAAAAUUUGGAUUAAAAAUCUUCCUACUAGUGAAGCUAUAAUGUGUUCUUACUGCCCGCUUUAAAGUCGGACGUCGACAACACGUUGAAAAUGAGAAAGUGAGAGGUUUAUGUGGUGACAGCAGACCGACCUAACCCAACCACCGGCGACGAGGGAGCCUGGCCUUUGUUUACCUGUGUCUCAGGUAAGAAGUGAGCAGGGGGCAGGGCCACGAGGUAGGAGGGAUGCCUGUGGAGGGCGGAAGCAGCAGCGGCUCUGCUUCGGCUGCCCGUCACCCCAAGCAGAAGCGCAAGGCUCACAGUUUAUCUAUCCGGCGCACCAACAGCACAGAGGAGAGGCCCCCAGGCAUCCAAAGAGGAGACAUGCUGGAGGGACAGGACUCCAAGCUGCCCAUCUCCUUACGGAACAACCUCCUUGACCUUUUUGGUCAGAUUGAGCGCGAGUUUGAAAAUCUCUACAUUGAAAACCUUGAAUUACGCCGGGAAAUUGACUCUCUGAAUGAGCGCCUGACCGGAGAUGGACAGACUAUUGAGGGUGGAGACCCCACCAAGGGAGCUCUGAAAACAAAAGCCAGCCACAGCACCAGUCAGCUGUCACAGAAGCUGAAGACGACCUACAAAGCCUCUACCAGCAAGAUCGUGUCCAGUUUUAAAGCCACCGCGGGGUCCCGGGCUGUGUGCCAGCUGCUCAAGGAGUAUGUGGGCCACCGGGACGGGAUCUGGGACCUCAGCGUCACCCGGAAUCCGCCAGUGGUCCUCGGUACCGCCUCCGCAGAUCACUCAGCUCUGCUAUGGAGUAUAGAGACUGGGAAAUGUCUGCUGAGGUAUGCUGGCCAUGCAGGAUCAGUCAACUCCAUCAAGUUUCACCCCACAGAGCAGAUGGCCCUCACAGCCUCUGGGGACCAGACGGCUCACAUCUGGCGCUACAUGGUGCAGCUUCCAGCCCCCCAGCCACCGCCAGAUGUCAGUGCUCUAUGUGAUGACGACCAGGACUCGUCAGACAGGGAAGAAGGGGAGGUAGAUGGCGAAGGCCCUUGUGAGGUCCCCACUGUCCGGCUUGCUACAGCAACCCUUAAGAGCCACCAGGGUGUAGUGAUUGCAGCUGAUUGGUUGGUAGGGGGCCGACAAGUGGUGACAGCUUCCUGGGAUCGUGCUGCCAACCUGUACGAGUUGGAGACGUCUGAACUGGUUCACACGCUCACUGGACAUGACCAGGAGCUGACCCACUGCUGCACCCACCCUACCCAGCGCCUGGUGGUCACAUCAUCUAGAGACACCACCUUCAGACUGUGGGACUUCAGAGACCCGUCCAUCCACUCUGUCAAUGUCUUCCAGGGACACACUGACACGGUGACGUCGGCAGUGUUCACGGUGGGUGACAAUGUGGUUUCCGGCAGUGACGACCGGACCGUCAAGGUGUGGGAUUUGAAGAACAUGAGGUCGCCUAUAGCAACCAUCCGCACUGACUCAGCUGUGAACAGGAUAAGCGUCUCUGCCAACCAGAGGAUCAUCGCUCUGCCACACGACAAUCGCCAAGUCCGACUGUUUGACAUGAGCGGAGUGAGGCUGGCCAGACUCCCUCGCAGCAACAGAAUGGGUCACAGACGAAUGGUGUGCUGUACAGCGUGGAAUGAAGAGAACCAGUCGUGCAACUUGUUCACCUGCGGCUUCGACAGACAGGCCAUCGGCUGGAACAUCAACAUCCCCGCCCUCCUGCAGGAGAAGUGAUGCCACUGCCGCACACACACAGAAACACACAGUAGAGUAGGAGGCGGUACACAAACACUGUAAUCUGUGGCCUCGCACAUGCUAGCAUGUUGGAAGUGUUUACCCCGUGGAGCAUUUUAGUCAUCAUGUCACUGAUUUCCAGCUGCUGGAUUGUGUGAGAAAAAAUAAUUCAUCAUCACAAUUAGUGUUGCUUUUGACGAUGCAGCUAUUAACAUGGAUUGACAGGAGCAUAUCCCCCAGAUGAAUGACUCAUUUAUUGUGCAGUUGAAACCUGCAGGAACAUCUCCCGGUGUUAAGUGACUGACACGGUUCCAACAUUUUAAAAGUGUGUACGAGGCCACAGAGCUGAUCUCCCGUAUUUGACCCGUUCACCUAUUUAGCAUGAAACGUGAAUUGUGACAUGGCUAGACUGGUCCUUUUACUCCUAGCCUUUUCUGUUUUAAAGUGUGUAUAUAUAUAUUUAUAUAUACUUAUAUAUAUAUAUAUAUAUAUAUAUUUGACUCCACAGUCCCAGGCUGCUGUUCACAUCACUGUUGUUUAGUUACUGCUGAAUGGUUGCUUGUGCAUGUAGAUAAACCCGUUUUGCGAAUGUUACUUGUAAAGGUGUGUGAGAACAAGGCCAGAAGAGUUUGUAGAAUAUGAUAUAAAGACGCUAUGUAUAUAUUAUGUCGUGGCCUCAUUAAGUGACCUGUGUUGCAGGUUGUUGCUGUGUCUUACAGUCGUCUACCCCUCGAUGGUGGAGUUUGACAGAGAGAACGUUGUUCUGUGAAAUGUUUUUAUCCUUUUAGUGAAUAUUUCUUAUCAUGGAACAAAACAUAUCAUAUUGAGGCCUGCCAGAUCAGCUGUGCAGCAUGCCGGCUGCGGGGUCAUUCAGUUGUCUUAAAAUGUAUCCUGUGUGACCGUUUUCACUCACUGAGAUUUCUUUCCCUGCCUGUUACCUUUGAUGCUUUCAAUUCACAGCCAGCCUCCAGACUUCCAGAUUUUUGUUUUGUCAAUAUUUCAGACUUAUGAUACUGUAACUCUGCCUUGUUCCAUGUUUACAGUAGGAUUUCAUUUUAAAAGUGUUACUCUAUUCUGCCUCUCUGUCAGAAUGCAAAGUGUCAAGAGCACAGCAAUAAUGGGAAAACAACUGCACAUCUGUUGUUCACAAAUCUCUUGUAGGUCUGUGAAUGGGAUGUGUUCAGCGUUAUCAUAAUCUAGUGUUACAGGGUUAGGUGUCAGUACUUUUAGCCAUAAUAUGCGCCCAUAUUUACUUGCGUCAGUGAAAUACAGACCAAUCCUCUUCAGCCCGUUGCCAACCAAGAGCCCUGUGUUGCUGUAAUGUGUUAUUCCCAAGUGAACUUGUUGGUUACUGGUUAUUUCUGUGCUUCAGUAACAGCCUGUCAAUAUGAAGUUAUCGUGUUUACACUUUGCAUUGAACCCAUAGCGUUAUGUGACCUCUUGCACCUUUUUGUUGUAGAUGGCGCUUUGCAGUCUGUGAGAGGCACUCUUUAUACCAAAUACAGAAGCAAUAACUCAGCUCUUCUAUGUUUCUGGUGCUCAGAGUGAAGCCCGUUGCUGUCUUGGAAAUCAGUGAAUAUGACUUGAAAUGCGCACUGAAUCUCGGUUUGAGAAAUAUAACUAGAAUUGGGCUUGAACGAAAUCCAGGAGGCUCUGUGUUACAGUUGUGCAAUAUCCUAAAAUGAAGUCAUGCUGUAGUUUGUAUCUUCAGAUGUUUAACUUAUUUCAGUGCUGUAAAUUCCAUUAAAUGAUCUUAUGUACUUGUGUGGCUGGUGUAGAUGUAGCUCAGUGUACAUAGGUAUGCAUAACUUACCCAAAAGUUGGCUUCAGGCUACACACUCUCCCUCAGUUUCUACCAACAAUAGAGUCAGGAUGGAUUCUGAAGUAGCAUGAACCUAAAAAUGUAAUAAACUUAUUUAAAUGCCUUACCAUUGCAUUGAAAAUGGUGCAUUAGCCUUAUCCAUCUGAGCAUCAAUGCACUUUUCCAAAUGCUUGUUAAAUAACUAAUUGUGUUCCACUGCACAGUGCAGAUAGGAUUUUCAUUCCUGCUUCAUUCAGGGAACUCAAUCUCGCGCCCACUGAUAUCAAUGUCAUUUUAAUCUGCAGGUAGAAAGACAAGUCCGAUUUGCACCCCACAUGAAUUCUGACUCGGAGGAAAUAUGAUUUUGGAUUGAUGCAUUUAAUUAUUGUGUGCCGGAUUGGAGGGGUAAAAAAGUGGAUAGGCUUCGCUUCAUUGUAGCGAAUCAUAUUCACCUCAAACUUCAUUAUGUGAUCUACUUUGCAUACUUUAUUGUGAUGGGUACGUGCUCUCUGACACUUUCCAAUAAAAACGUGUGAUUUCCUUU